AGAAGGAACAAAAUAAAUAAACAGGCUUCUUCGCCUUUAUCUUUCCGUCUCCUUGUGAUAUUUCUCACUCUUUUCUCUCUCUCUUUCUCUCUCUAUCUUUCUCUUUAUUUCUCUCUGCAACUCUCUCUUUGUUGAUGUGAUUCUCCACCACAUCCCCUAACCCUCUAAAAAACCACCCCCAUCAACCUUUACAAAAGAGAAAGAAAGGAAAGCUCUCUCUCUCUCUCUUAAUAGCCAUGGUUUUCUCAUCCGUUCCCGUCUAUCUGGAUCCACCCAACUGGCAACAGCAAUCAAAUCAUCAGCAACAACAGGGUGGUGGGCGUGGCGGCGUUGGUGGUGAUCAUCAUCAGCAUCAUCAAAAUCAUCAUCAGAAUCCGCAGCUUCCGCCACAGCCGCCACCUCCUUCAGCUGGCGGUGGUGGCGGAAGCCAAGGCUCGAUCAGGCCAGGUUCGAUGUCUGAUCGAGCCCGGCUAGCUAAAAUACCACAGCCAGAGGCAUCCCUCAAAUGCCCUCGCUGCGAAUCAACAAAUACCAAGUUUUGCUACUUCAACAAUUACAGUCUCACUCAGCCACGUCACUUUUGCAAGACGUGCAGGCGUUACUGGACUAGAGGAGGAGCUUUGCGGAACGUUCCGGUAGGCGGAGGUUGCAGAAGGAACAAAAGGAGCAAAGGUAGCAGAUCGAAAUCUCCAGCGACAGAGCGACAAACCACCGGUGGCUCUUGUUCGACGACCACCGUCUCCUCCAACAGCUGUACGAGUGAUAUGAUAGCCCAUUUGUCUCCGGUAGUACCACCACCUCAUUUACCUUUCUUGCCUUCUCUUCAUCAUCUUAGCGAAUACGGUUCCGCCGGCGGCGACAUCGGUAUGAAUUUCGCCGGAAUUCAACCGCAGGUGGUGAGUACGGGUGGAAAUGAUGUCCAAUAUCAGAUUGGAGGCGGUGGCGGUGCUGCAGGUGGGUCUAUUUUAUCAAGUGGACUUGCCGAGCAGUGGAGACUGCAGCAGCAGGUGCAACAAUUUCCUUUCUUAACUAAUUUGGAGACUCCGACAGGGUUGUAUCCGUUCGAGGGUGAAAAUGUGGAGCCGCCGAGCUACGUCGGCGGAGCUGGGCAGCUUCGGUCUAAGCCAUUGGGUUCUUCUGCAGUUACUGAUGGGGCUACUCAUCAGCAGCAGCUUGGAGGUGGUGGUGCUGUGAAAAUGGAAGAAAAUCAAGGGUUAAAUCUGUCAAGAAACUUUUUGGGUGCUCUUGGAAAUGAUCAAUAUUGGGCAGGUGGCAAUGCAUGGACUGAUCUAUCUGGUUUCACUUCUUCUUCCACCAGCCACCUUUUAUAAUAUCUAAUAAUCUAUUCUUAUUUUCUAGUCUUCCAAACACCUCACCAAGAAAACCCAAUCCUUUUGCCUGUUUCAAUUUUAAAUAUUAUUUCAGGAAUUUAAACUACAAAAAAGGGAAAAAAAAAAAAUGAACAACUCAAAACAUACAGUGUUAAACCAACCACCACCCUAACAUUUUUCGAUCAAGGUAGCAAAAAUCAGAAAAACUCUAAAAGAGGUGAUGAUCAUUUGGGAAUCAAGGGGAUAUGGAUCAUGCUGCCUUCAUGAUGUGCUGCAAAAAAAUCAAAGAAAAGAAAAGAAACUUUUGCAAUGGUAGGAUUUUCUAGUCCUUGAAAUUAUUUUUGUGUUGUUUUAUUAUUGUUUGAUCUUUUCUUUUCUUUUCUUCUUCUUUUUUUUUUUUUUUUUUUUUUGGGGUCAUUCUAUGUGUAUUGAAAAGAUCUAGCUAGGAUUAUGUGUUCAUGGAGUUUUUGUAUCUGACAUCAAGGAGCUAUAAAAUGUUAUAUAUAUAUUGA